UUUGUUGUUAUUUUGCUUCCCUAUCUGUCAACGCAACCACCGUCAAACGUCACGUGUCAAAUGUACGAAACCUAGCAUAGCCUCGCGUGCGUACGCAUUGGUGAAAAUGCGUUGAAGCAACAUUGAAGAAACGGGAAGAGAGAGCAUCCAAGUGCGCUGUAGUCUCAGGCUUUCCACGAUAUCCUUGUCUAGGCACCAAGCUACGCCGGAAUCUACUCACACAAUCAACCAUCAAACCGAUCAAAGCCGGAUCAAAGCGAGGCGGCCAUGUAAAGAUGUGUGUUGCCAAUCACGUCAAACCGUCUGAAGCAACCAUUUGCAUCUUGCACGGUUGCUGUACCGCCGGUUCCAGAUAUCCGCGCUCCGUACGAUAGGUCAUCCGGGCUUCUUAAUCGUCUUUUGUGUCUCUCUCUGCUAUCAAAACACGACCCGUGUGCCGGCGGAUACGGAGAAAAGAAGAGGAACGCAAUGCUCCUCGGUACAGAUCGUUAUUAAAUCCACUCUCUCACUCUCUACAAAACCUGAAGAACAGUUACUGAUGUGGCAGUAAAGAAAAAAAACGAAACGAAAAACACACCCUGCAGUAUAUCCUAAAUGCAUUUGCAUUGCAAGUAAUUAAACCGACGAUAGUCACUCAAUCACGUCAAUUCGAUCACCGAGAAUCGGGAUUACGAUCUCUAGUGAGCAAAACGGGAGUUUAGGGCUAUCAGGAGUAGCGCAGGCAUAGGGAAAUACGCGACAAGAUGAAACAAAUCAAUGUGUCCGUCGUGGGACUGUCCGGUGUGGAGAAGGAUAAAGGUCAGCUGGGUGUCGGUAAAUCCUGCCUGUGCAAUCGUUUCGUACGCCCCAAGACAGAUGACUACGCGAUUGAUCACAUCUCGGUACUAAGUCAGUCUGACUUUAGUGGACGGGUAGUGAACAAUGACCAUUUCCUGUACUGGGGCGAGGUACGCAAAACUUCCGAGGAAGGUGUCGAUUACAACUUUAGCGUUAUCGAGCAAACGGAGUUUGUGGACGAUGCGACAUUCCAACCGUUCAAGGUCGGCAAGAUGGAACCGUACAUUAAGCGGUGUGCCGCCAUCCGUAUGCCAUCGCAGGAGAAGCUAAAGUAUAUCUGCAAAAACCAGCUCGGCAUUGAGCAUGAGUACGAAGAAAUAGUACUGCCGGAGGGACGCUUUCUGGUGGACGGGUUCGUCUGCGUGUUCGACGUUAGUGUCGUACCGAACCGGACGGUCGAGAAGCAGGUCGAGUUUGUUACGCAGAUCAUCAACAAUGUGCUGAAGGUGAAGAAACCGGUCGUGCUGGUCACCACCAAGAAUGAUGAUGCGAACGAGCUGUACGUGCGGGAGGCGGAAAAGAUAUGCUCCCGGAAGGAGUACAAGGGUCAGAUACUGCUGGUCGAAACGUCCGCGCACGAAAGCAUUAAUAUCGAUCUAGCGUUCGUAGUGCUGGCGCAGAUGAUCGACAAGGCGAAGCAACGUUCGAAGGUACCGUCGUACGCGGAAGCGGCCAAGCAGAGGAAUGAUCUCCUCAACGCUAGCACGGAGUACGUGACGCGCCUGAUACGCACCCAGAUUACGGACCAUCGGUCGAUCUGGAGCAGUUCGUCGAAGAAGCUAUCGAACCACCGCGAAUGGAUCGAUUUUCUCGAGCUGUUCGGGCAGGAAGCGGGCCAACGGAUCUUUCGCCGUCACAUCAAGAAACUCCGGGAAGACUACCAGUCGAAGAAGCUCCAAAGCUACAUGGAUUCGUUCGCGUGCGUACUGCAGGAGAUGCUGCCGGACAUUAACAGCAUCAACCUGGAGCUGGAUAGCUUUAACGAUUGGGCGUCGAUACGGAACUACUUUCACGAGCACAUCGAUUACGAGCAGUACUUCUUCGAUGCGAUCGAGCGCGGUGGCAGCUGGGCGGAGCUGAGCGACAUGAGCGAUAUGGAGGAUGAGAAUCGGAUACCGUUCGACAUACUGGAUACGACCGAUGCGGAAACCGUCUUCAAGAAUCACAUGAACGCGCUGCAGCAGGAGCAGAAGCGAUUAGAGAUGCCAAAGAGAUGGAAAAAACAGUUCAAAAAAUUACUAGAAGAAACCGGUUACGUAACGCCGGGCAAACAGCUGUCGGAGGUGCGCGUACUGUUUAUGGGGCGGGAGUGUUUCGAGGCACUGUCCGAGCACGACUGUCAGCAGAUCUACGACAACCAUCAGCGGGAGCUGGUCGAAACGGCAAAGCACAACUUCCAGGAGCUGCUGAUGGAGCAUGCGGAUCUGUUUUAUCACUUUAAAAACAUCGAACCGUCCGGUACGAUCACGCAGAACGAUAUUAAGGAGAUCACGGAUGUGCUGCAGGAGGAUCUGCGGUACAAGCUGCUCGAUCGGCUCGAUCAGGACCGGAAGGUGAUGCUGUUUCAGCAUCUUGGGUUUGUGCACUGCCCGAUACGGGAGCAUUGUCCCGCAUUUCCCAACUGUAUGGAUGCACUGAUUGAGCGGAUAUUGAUCUCGAACCAAAACCUACCGAAUCCACGCUUCGCCCAGAAAGAUGGGCAGCUGCAGCUCAACCUGAUAGUGAUCGGGUUAGAUUACAUAGCGAACGAUUUCAUCGACAAGAUACACCAGAACUGUAACGACAACGGCGAGUACAUCGUGGAUGGGCAGGUGUACGGGCUCAACAUCGAAACGAUCAACCGUGACAAUGAUUCGUUCUCGUUUGAGCUCCAGUGCAAGGGUUUGAUCUGCUGCUACUCGAACCGGCAAACGUUCCAGUACGUGUACGAGGUGCUCGACCGGCUGCUGCAGGACAAUCUCGACUUUAAGGACAGUGUGAACAAUCUGCACAUUGUGUUUAUGAGCGAUGAAAAGAACAGCCAAAACACGCUGCAUCAGCUGCAGGCGGACGGGCAAUCGUUGGCGGAGAAGCUCCACUGUGUGUUUAUCGACGAGAAUGAGUUUUACAUUUCGCAGCAGCAAACGAAGUUUAUCAACACGACGCUGAACAGUGUUAUCGAUUCGAUACCGUUCGAGGAUCUGAAGUAUGGUUUGGCGUUGCACGAGCUGCCGGAUCUGCGCAUCAUCAUGUCCAUCUUUUGCGGGGAUCCGUUCUCGAUCGAAAACAUACUCAGCUCGAUGAUGCUGGAACAGUCGUGCAUCAGUGCCGGCGAGCGGAACAUUAUCUUCGAGAUGUUUCUCGGCGAUUCGAAGCGGCGGGUCGAGUUGAUCCUUUCCUCGUAUCACGGUGCGAACGCAUUCCGCGACGAUCUGAUACACGGCUUUAUACUGCUGUACUCGAGCAAACGCAAAGCGUCACUGUCGACGCUGAGCGCUUUCUCGCUAAACAUUCCAAACCUGCCGAUGCAGAUUGUGGCCGUGUCGGAGCAGGGUGGUGUGAAUGCGUUCUUUAACAGUGAACUGUCGCAGUUGCUGAUCACGGAGGGUAAUACGAUUGCGGACAAGUUGCGGGCACACUUUGCGACUGGGUCGGACGAUGAGGGACAGUUUAAGUUUGCUUCGUUCGCACCGUUUCUGAAGGAGGUGUGGGACAAGAAGCCGGAAAUUGAGCAUGCUUUUAAUCUGGAGGAACCGCUGACGAUCGAUUCUGGUGAGGGUACGAUGGAACAUUCGAUGCAUCAUCACCAUCAGCAGCAGGUGCCGCAACCGCCGCCACGGUACGAAAGCUACCUCAUCAAUGGUUCGGCCACCACGUACCGUGGGGUCGGUGGCCAACAGCAGCACCAUUCGCAUCAUGGGCAAGCGCAACAGCAGCAGCAACAAACGCUAUCCCAUCAGCAGCAGCAGCAGCACGCGCAACACCAUCAGAAGAUAUCGCAGCAGCUGUUCGACAAUCGGUCCAUCAACUCGCUGGACGAUCUCGACAGUUUGAAGCAGCAGCCGCAACAGCAUCAGCACAACAUGUACUACUACGAGGAUAGCAGCGAUUUCGACAAGUGUGGCAGCAAUCAGGGCUUCCAGAUCUAUCCGCCACCGACGACACCGCCGGAACCGGCACCGCCAGACCAUCUGCUCAUACCGGCCUCCAUACUGCGCCAGCUAAAGGCCGACACCGUAUCGCAGUCACAGUCGAGCCUGGAGGAGAUCAAUUCUGACGUCAGCGGAUCCAAGGACUCGAUCAACACAUACGAUUCAGGCUGGAUCGAUGAUGGUUUUCUCAUCCAGAAGCAGGACAACAAGCAAAGUGAAGAUCUCUGGAAAAAUAUGAACGCACACCAUGCCUUCACAACCGGCCGCCGGCCGAAUCAGUCUUCGUUCGCCAAAAAGAUACGCCCGAAAGGACCUAGUCAAACGCUGAAGCAGCCCGGCAAGCUGAACCUGAAGAGCUUCGCCAUCGUUAACGAAGCGAUCGCACGUAUGAACAUCGGUGGUGGUGGUGGUGGUGCGGGUGGUGGCGGUGGUGAUAGCGGUGCCUCGACCGGCAACCCCGGCCUGGGCGUACCGAUGACGGAGAAGGAAAAGAAGAAGGCAAAGAAGUUGCUGCAACAGCAACAGGCCCAGCUCGAACAUGCACCGCUGGCCGCACCGGAGGAUGACAGCGAGGAGUACGAGGAUGAGGCCGGCUACGAGCAGAUCAAUGAUGCGUUCAGUGACGCGGUCAACAAUGUGGCGAGUCAAUUAUUUACCACCUUUUCAGGCGGCCCCGGCAGCAACCAGGUUGGCGUGCGGGGUCCGGACAGUUCCGCCGGUUCCGAUAUGGGUACGCACAAAACGAAACUGCGACAGAGAAGAGAAAAGGAGCAGAUUUUCAACAUACAAGAAAACUCCGACUCGGAGAGUGACUCCAGCUCGCUCGAACGAAAACGUUCCAACGAUGGUUACUCGAAGAUCAACCGUAAAGCGCAACCACACAAAAGGCAUCGCAAAAAGCGCACCGCCAUACCGGUACAGCCGCCGAAAAUUCCGCUCGGUCCGUUCGGUUCGGCCGCCGGCGAUAUGAUGGGCAGUGUCGGUGCCAGCGGUGGUCCACUCGGCGGUAUGCCGAUCAUGUACCAGAAGCUAAAGAACGAUCUCGGCAGCGGGCUCGAAAAGCAGGAUAAACCGUCACAGGAGCAGGAUGAGUCGAGUGUCGAUAUAUCCUCGCCGCGCGAUAAUUCCCCCAUCUUUGGUGUGCUACCGAAAGGAGGCGAUCGUGAAAAAUUAAUUACGAAGCAAAAAAAUUGGUUCGGCAAAGAGAUCGACAGCAGCAAAAGCUCGAAGGAGUCGAAGGAUGUGCGCGGCAGUAGCAAAAAUGCCAGCAAAAGCUCGAAGCAUAAUGGUGCUGCGGCGGCUGCUGCUGCAGCGGCUGCUGCCGCCGCCCUGCAGCAGUCCUCGCUGGCCAGCCUGAAGCAGUCCGACAAAGUGCCGCUCGUACCGCUGUUUGUGGAAAAGUGUGUCAAGUUCAUUGAGCAGGAAGGGCUCGACUCGGAAGGCAUUUACCGGGUGCCGGGCAAUCGAACGCACGUCGAUCUGUUAAAUCAGAAGUUUGCUGAAGAAUCGGAUGUAGAUAUAGAGAAGCUCGAUAUACCGGUAAAUGCGGUCGCUACCGCACUGAAGGACUUUUUCGUGAAGCGUCUGAAGGGACUGUUUAGUGCAGAGAUGAUGAGCGAACUGGAGGAAAUCGCCGGUUCCCGGCCACUUCAGUCAAUCACGAGCCUUAAUAUGGAGGUGAAGACGGACCGGAGCUGUCGGUUAAUUGCUUUGCGGGGGCUUCUAAACAAGCUGCCACCGAACAACUUUGCCAUACUGAGCUACAUCUUUCAGCAUUUCGUACGUGUGUCGGAAAACUCGAAGCUUAACAGUAUGGAUAGUAAAAAUCUAGCCAUCUGCUGGUGGCCAACGCUGCUACCGAUCGAGUUUACCGACAUGAUGCGGUUCGAAACGAUGCGCCCGUACUUGGAGGACAUCGUGCAGACGAUGAUCGAUCAGUAUCCGUUCCUGUUCUGCGGCGAGGAAGCGUUCGUCAUGGUUUGAUGCAAGUAAAAAACAAAAAAAAAACACCUCCACCCUCCCCAGUUUUAAAAAAGCAGAGUCCGUUUAGAGCAUUUCCAGAUCAAACCUUAAAUGCAAUCUCACGACAGACGGUGUAAAGAAAUGGCUUACAGUAUUCGGGGUUGGGGGAGGAAAAGUCGUCACAACGCUGCCCAGUGCCAUAUAGCACACAUUUAAUGCGCCGGGGAGGGAGAUCGGUAUUCCUGACAGAAUCUUAAAUACGCUAAACACCAAUCAUUUGCAUAAACACUAGUAAAGGGGGUAAAAACGAGAAGCGAGGGCAGCUCCCCGCAUGCACAUUGACGGCUGCAAACGGUAGGAAUCGAUUCGUGUAAAGCCGAAACAAAACAGCAAAACUACUCAUAUACUCAUACUCAUUGAUACAACCGCAUACAAUAUUUAAAAAAAAACCAUACUCGUAUCAAUGUGUAAAACAAACAUGUCCAAACGCUCUGGUUAUGGAUACAUUUAGACGAAAAAAAAACAAAACAAAAAAUAUGAUGUUGUACAACACUGGAAAACCUUCUUUUGAAACGAGCGAGAUAGAUAGAAAGGAAGAGAAGAAGAGAAAGAGAGAAAGAGAGAGAGAAAAACACCGAAACUAAACCCUCCGCUGCUGAAAACGUGAAAAAAAAAUGGAAAAAUAGUUCAGUUUUAUUUUAUUUCUUUUACAACGAGAUCAACUGUCUGCUACUCAUAUUCACACACACAGAAACACACACACUUAUAGAUCGUUAUUGAACCAAUGAUAUAUUUACUGUGAAAACAAUAACCGAGGCUGAAACAUUAUUACUAUCUGUAAGGAGAUUUGUUUUAUGUUAAUUAAAAACAAAAAUAACAAACAAGCAACAACAAAAAAACACCCUCCCAGGGCAGUCAAACAAAAACCGAAAUCAGAAUUAGAAUUUACAAACGACAUUUUGCCAGCCAGCUUAGGUUAGGCAUGAAUGAUACAGAAAAAAAACGAAAGAAAGAAAGCAAAACAAGGAAAUAUUUUCAAAGUAUUAUUUAUCCCACGAAUCUUUUACAUUUUGUGUUGUCUCCUUCUAAAUAUUAAUCUAUGUGAAUGAAUACGACGUUAAGCAUAAAAUAUCGUUGCAAAAAAAAACAAACUAUUGUGUAGGCGAGUAACGGAGCAAAAACAAGGGAGGGGUUGCGGCGAACGAAAAAGUGGCGCGUGAAAAGUGCGUGUUAGAGCAGAUGGCAAACACUUAGUUAGGCGUAGAAAUAAAAAUGCACCCACAACAAUGCAAACUACUAGUGCACACACAUACACCCAUACUCUCUCACCGUUAGAAGCAAAAACCGAAAAGCGCAGAAAAAAAAUUAAAUGCUUUAAACGAGUUCAACAAAAAAGAUGUACACACACACACACACAAACACACACACAGGAAAUUGUUUUGUCCUCCAUUUUGUUUUUUUCUGUUUUUUUUUAUAAAUUUCCAUUUUAUUGAUGCUGGUUGGUGUAGUGACGUACAUUUGCUUUGUAAGCACCGAAUCGAUGGGUCAAUUUGUGAACUAAAAUAAAAUAUGAAUAGGACCAUUUGCUUAAUGUGAACAAAAACAAAAACCUUCCCGCUUUCCCGUGAUUUGUCGCUUUUUUUUGUUUUAGUAAUAGAUUCUAGGCUCAGUUUGGGGAGAAGAAAAGAAAGGCAAAGAUUUCGAAGCCAUAUUACAUUCCUUCGUUUAUUUGUUGCUAGUGUGUGUGUUAGCGCGAAAAAAAUGAAAAACAAAAUGGAGAAGUAAUUCGCUUAAAUUAAAGCACACACACACAAAAACAAAUCCAAGAACGAUAACGUAUUUUUGUAUGUAUUAGCAACUGUUGUAAAAUGGGUGGCCUAGGUAAGGGUGUUGUAGGGAAGGAGGUGUGGGGGGAGGGGGGAGGGGUAUGUAAACACACUUAAAAAAAAACAAACAAAACGCUUGAAUGAUUUCAUUAUACGAUUCAUUCACUGCUAAAACUGCAAGGAUGCCCAAUGUGAAGUGAAACCACCAGCCCAGACAUGCGCAUGUAUUAUAAAAUUGGGAACCUAAAAAUAUGUUUUUUUUCUCCAAAGACUUACAUAGAUUACAACAACAAAAAUCUCAACACACCAGCCAGCAGGACAAAAUCGCAAAGCGGUUCCAGUGCCUGAUAAUAGCAACACACACGAACCUUUUAAUAAUAAAAAAAAUACCAUCGAUUUGUAAAUGCCAUAAUCAUUUUAGGGCGUUCCUUGUUACACACAAUGGGCAAAAUGGGAUGUUUAACAUUCGGAUAAUUAAUACAAAAGAAAAGGGAAAUACACACAAACACACACCUACCCCCACUCACACGCUACAAACACACUUAAUAUUUAACAUAGUUGCCCUACCUUCUAAACAAAAAAAAAACCCUACCGAGUAUGAAUGAGAUACACAACGUCAGUAUUUUCUACCUUUAUAAAUAAUCACAUCCCUCCCCCCUGGUCAAAGGUUGAAUAGCGAUGCAAGAAGCGCAUCAAACACACAAACAAAAAAUUAUAAAUGUAUUUACUUUUGUCCAGCGUAAGAAAGCAUUAAUAUUAGGAUGCAAAAUUGAAACGAAACAAGUGAGAGUAACAGCAAACAACAAGAGAAAGAGAAGAAAAAAACAUGGCAAAACGAAGUAAGAAACUAAACACGUAAGCUAAAACACAAACACAAAUACAACACCUAGAAACUAUAUAUGUUAAGAAAGUCGGAGCUAGGAAGUAAAAAAUCUGAAAGAAUGUUUCAUUUUUUUCAAAAUGAAAUUAUUAAAAGAAUCUCACACACUUACAGAAAUACGCUAGCUUCUGUAAUGAGGGGAAAAAAAGGAGUUAUAAAAGAAAAAGUGCAUCGUUUAUUGUGGACAGAAGAAGGCGAAAAUAAAAAAAAAUACUCACGAAGAGAUAAAAAGGCGUACGAAGCGUGAAUAGUGAAACACGCGUAAUGGUAUAAAAGGUUUUUUUUGGUGUGUGUGUGUGUGUUUAUAUACACAGCAGCAAAGCGUAUGUGUCCUCGCUUGGGAUGCCCGCAUAGAUCGUCGUUCCGUGUUAGUAACUGUAAUUGAAUUCUCUGGUGUAGGAUUAUGUUCCUCCAAACAUUUUCAUCGAUUAUAACGCUUCAUGUGUUGCAUUAGAUUUGCUGCGAAAUUUAAGCAAAAGCCGUAACGAAAACGAGAAGACAGAAGAAAAAAAAACAUAAGGAAAAAGAAACACGAAAGUAAAGCAUAGCUUAAGCGCAAAGAGCAAAAAGAAAGGAAAAAAAACAGAGAAAACCCAUCUUAACAAUUUCAAUAAAAGCAGCAGAAAAAAAAGGAAAACAACCGAACUCGGCAGAUAGAGAGCGAAGCGCAGGAACGAUAAGGGAAGAAUGUGUGUUUAGGAAGCUGAACACAGCAACAACCAGAAUAAUGUAACCGUUCUAUUUGCAAUUGAAAACCGACCUGUAAACAAUUAUGUGGUGAUAUAAACGUAAUUAUAAAUGGAUAUAUUAGGUAUACAUGAGGAAUAUAUGUUUUGGUUUUAAACGAACGAACGAGGAAGGGGGGGAUGAUGAUGGAGAAGAAGAAAUAUGAGAACACAAAAAGGGGAGAGAAGUACAUAAACAGUGGUAGGGCGUGUGUGUUUUUUGUGUUCGGUAGCCAGUAUCCCCCUGUCCCCGGCUGGGGACGAUACUACCACUGCACGGAAAAUAAGAUAGAGAGACAGAGAGAGAGAGA